AUGGCCCAGCUCAAGGCCCCUGACAAUCCGAACUGGAACAAGGAACGAAGGACCGCCACCUUAGUUACUAGUAUCGGCUCGGAUGCGUUAGAUGUUAUUGAUGCUAUGGAAUUUCAAAUCGAAGAUGAAAGAAAGGGCCCAGUAGUGAUUCUCAAGAAGAUGGGAAAAUACUGCUUUGGGGAGUACAAUGAGACCUAUGAGAAGUAUGUUUUCAAUCGCAGAGACCAAGAGAUGAAUGAAUCCGUGGAUGCGUAUGUGACCACACUAGGAAGAUUAGUGAGGACCCGCAGUUAUGGGGCAUUGACAGACUCAGUUACUCUUUAUAGAAUAGUGGUUAGCAUUAAUCACAAUUCAGCUUGCAAGAAGCUCCUGCAGUCAAGCAGCUCACCUUAGGUCAAUGUAUAGAAAUUUGUAGAUCCAUCGAGACAUCAGCGCAACAGUUAAAGGUGAUGACCGAGGAGGAUGUUCGUUUUGUGAAAGAAGAGAUAGGAAAACAACUUGGCAGAAAGAAGAAAAGGGUACCAGAGAAGCCUUCGAACAAGACGCAAGUGCAAGUUCUGUGCAAGACAACACCCUUUUGCGAAAAAGAACUGUCCAACAUGGGGAGCCUCUUGCAAGAAUUGUAGUAAGCGAAACCAUUUUGCAGCUUGUUGCCAGAAAUCUAAGAAAAAAGUUCUGUCUGUGGAUUGUGAAUCUGACGACAAGGGAUAUGAAUACGUGGCUGAGAUCAAAGUCAAGAGCAUGUUAAAUCUCUAG